AUGUCCAUCGAAAUUCCCGCUAUUGAGGAUCUAUCACUCAAUCUGGAUGCGGACUUCGACCUGGACGCGUUUCUCUCUACGCUUGACGUGCCGGUUCCAUAUCAACCCGAACCCUCCGCCGUGCCGGACGAUAAGUGGGGCUUUGACCCUCGAUGCUAUAACCCUCGCAAGAGUACGGACGACUGGUGGAGGCGAUACGAGGCGGACCGGUCACGGAAGUUCAGUCAUCUCGAUAUGGCCAUCCAGUCAAUGCAGGGCGCAGUCGAUGCGCAACAACAGCAGAGCGACUACAGUCAACUCCUCUUUGACCUGGGGUAUCGGCUUAGAACUCGAUACGAAGUCGGGGGUCAAGCCGAUGACCUCGACAACGCAAUCUCAGCGUUUAAGCGCGCUGUUGAACUUACUCCAGAUGAUAACCUCGGUAAAUCGGUACGCCUUCAUGAGCUGGGGAAGUCGCUCCUCUCGCGUUUUGAUCGCACGGGGGAGACAUCCGAUUAUGAGGCUCUCGCGGUGGCGUUUGACAGCCUGAUUGAUCGAUCACCGGAUGACGACCUCUUCAAGCUCAAAGCUCUACACAACCACAGCGCUGCCCUUAUAACUCGAUUCGCAAGGACUGGCGACAUCCGAGAUGUCGAGCGCUCCAUUGCCAUGCUUACGCGCGCGUAUCGGCUAGUGCCAGACGGACGUCCUGGAAAGUUGAUAAUCUGCAGAACUCUUGGUGGCGCAUUACUGCAGCGCUUUGAGCGUGUUGGAGAGCUCGACGAUGUUGAGCAGGCCAUCUCUGUGCAACGUUGCGCGGUCGAGCUCACGCGGGAUCAUCCCGACCACCCCUCCUUUCUCCUUUCGCUUGGCGUCUCGAUCCUCACGCGCUUCGAGCGCCAUGGAGCGCGUCACGACCUUGAAGAGGCCAUCGAAAUGCAGCGUCAUGCGCUCGAGCUCACGCAGGACGGUGAUCCUGCCCAGCCGACGCGGCUCAGCGAGUUAUGCAUAUCGCUCGUCAAGCGCUUUGAGCACACUGGGAAUAUGGACGAUCUCGAACAGGCCAUCUCCUUCGCCCGUCGCGGCGUGGAGCUCGCGUCUAAUGAUGGCCGUGCAGACAAAGGAGGCCUAUACAACAACCUUGGCUGCUCGCUCCGCACACGCUACGAGCAUACCGGCGACCUCGAAGCUAUCGAGGAAGCCAUUCUCGUGCAUCGUCGCGCUGUCGAGAAGACAUCAAACAGCCAUCCCAGCAAGUUCUCACGCUUAAGCAAUCUUGGCAACUCGUAUCUCUCACGCUACGGCCACACUGCGGAGCUCGCAGACUUGUGGGAAGGCGUCCUGGCUCAUCGUAGUGCGGUUGAUCUCGUACCGGAAUGCCACCCCAAGAAGCCAGUGCUGCUCGGUAAUAUAGCCAACGCUUUGCAUGCACAGUUCAUAAGGCAUGGCAGUUUUCCGGAAGAUCUUGACGAGGUCAUCUCGACACGCCAACACGCACUCAAGCUGGCCUUUCAAGAUAUAUCUCUCACGACAUCCAUCUUGGAUCAUCUCUGCAUGGACAUGCGUUCUCGUUUCGAGCUCACCGGCGAGCUAUCCGACAUCACGAGCGCCAUCUCUGCAGGGGAACGCGCUAUUGAACUCAGAGGCCCAGACUCAUGCUUGAGCUAUGCCGCUCUUGCUGGAUGUUUCCAGUGCCGUUUUGUAUGUGCUGGAGAUAUCGAAGAUGUCAAGAAGGCCGUCUCGUUAUAUCUCAUGGCCGUAGAUCUUGCCCCUGACGUCGAUACGCGGUCAGGAACAUUGCUGGCGUGUCUCGGUGACGCGCAAGAACUACUUUUCGAGUGUACUCAGGAGCAAACGGAUUUUGACGCUGCUGUCAAGUCGCUCACAGAUUCCACUCUGCAUCCCGCCAGGAGCGCUCAAGCACGCUUGAACUCCGCUGAAUCAUGUGCUAACAUGCUCUCAACGUAUCCCACGUUCAGCACCAUCGAUGCUAUCCUAGAUGCGCACUCGCGCGUCAUCGACAUCCUUCCUGAGAUCGCAUGGCUUGGACACAACAUCAGUCGGCGCUAUGACGAGACUUCCCGCGUCGGAGCGCUCAUGAGCGCCGCUGUUAGUGCUGCCAUUACCGCCGGUGCACUGAAGAAGGCAGUGCAGUGGCUCGACGCCGGUAGAGCACUGAUCUGGAUGCAGGUUCUGUCGUUGCGCACGCCGCUCGACAACCUACAACUGCUCCACCCACGUCUAGCGGAGUCUUUCCGCGAUGUGCAACAGCAACUACAAUCAACCGUGCAGAGCACCUUCAACCCCGACGUCUAUACAUUCGAUUGGAUCGACGGUCCCGCACACACGUCUGGAGAAGAUACCCACCGGCGACUUGCCAUUGAGCGGGACAAGCUCUUACAAGAGAUUCGAGGUUGCCCGGGCUUCGAGGACUUCAUGCUUCCCAAGAGCUUUGAGGCUCUCUCAUCGUCGCUGAAGCUUUCAAGCGGCUUCCUUGUCUUGAUCAACGUCCACACGAGCCGCUGUGAUGCCAUCAUCGUGCAUGGCGAUGGGGAGAUCAGUACCAUCCCGUUAGAAGAGCUGUCUGUCGAGCGUGCAUAUUCCUUGCAAUCGCUCUGGGAUGAAGGGCUUGCAGGUUACAGAUCGCGUGCAUCUGCCACCUCGCCGCAGGACGCUCUCGAAGGCGGUGGUCUGGACCUGGUUCCCGCCUCCGCAGUAGCACUUCACCGGCAUACUUCGCGAGUGGAGGAGGACGAAGGUGGCCUCUUCGUCCGUGUCUUGGAAUGCAUUUGGACAUGGAUCAUUGAUCCAGUUCUGCAAGCUCUUCAUGUCACAAAGCAGGUCCACGACGGCAAACUGCCACACAUCACUUGGUGUCCCACUGGACCGCUCAUGCAGCUCCCUCUCCACGCCGCAGGCAUAUAUAACGACCUUAACGGUCCGCGCGCCUACAACCUCAUCGUCUCGUCGUACAUCCCUUCACUCUCGGCUUUGGGGCGAUGCAUCGAAGGCACGAUCAAAUCGAACAUCACCCCAUCGGCGCUCGUCGUGACGCAGACAGCAACACCUGGACACUCUCCGCUGCCUGCCGCUGAAAAGGAAGGCGCCCGUCUGAAGCAUAUCCUGGAUGCGGAGGGCAUAGCGAGCGAGGUGUACAACCAUAAUCUGGCCACCGUUGAGUCUGUCCGGUCGGUGAUAGCGAAACAUCCUUGGGUACACAUCGCGUGCCAUGGCUCGCAGAAUCGAGCGGAUGCGACCAAGAGCGCAUUCGCGCUUUACGACGGUCCACUGACCCUCGCGGACCUUAUGCGCACUGUGGCUGAUGACGCUGAGCUCGCGUUCUUGUCAGCCUGUCAGACUGCUGUAGGCGACACGAAGACGCCAGAGGAGUCCGCGCACCUCGCGGCGGGGAUGCUCGCCGUCGGGUUCAAGGGCGUCGUUGCGACCAUGUGGUCGAUCCAGGACGCAGACGCGCCUGUGGUUGUCGAUGCGUACUAUAAGAGGUUAUUGGCGCUGAGAAGCUCGGGUGAGCUCGGACGAGGGGAGACGGGUGCGGCGUAUGCGCUGCAUGAGGCGACGAGGGUCUUGCGGGAGAAGGUGGGAGAGAGCAACUUCUUGCGUUGGGUUCCGUUUGUGCAUUUUGGCGCUUGA